AUGGCGUACACUCAAGGUCGAGACAUCGAUCGUGUCGGUCCGGCUCGUGACCACUCUCUGGUCGUGUCUGCAUAUCAGACGGAAAUCGACGACUUAUUUCGCUAUCAGGCAGAGCAAGAGCAGAUUGCAGCGGCUGCGACACAAGAGUUGGCAAAGGUGAGUCAGUCGUUGUAUUACCUCGAACUUGAAAUUGGGUUCGACGAAAUUGACUUUGAGUCAAGACGGCGCGAGUAUUAUGACCUGAAGAGGCGUGAAAUCGUUGUUUCGAGGCAGCGUAAAGUCGCCCUUAGAGAGCUAGAGCUUGCUCGACGAGAAGAAGACGAGCUGAACCAGCGCGAAUCCGAUCGACUACGCGAGUGGAAGCGAAAGCUUGCCCUAAGGAUGCGCAAAGUUGCCGAGAAAUGGCGUGGACUUGCCCAGAGGAACGUCGACUUUGCUCGAAAACGUGAGCUGGGUAGUUGUCCAGGCGAGUUAGCACCUGGUCCGGAAGAAAGACAGUCGGCAUCUCUGCAGGAAGGGAGACAGACAUCGUUUGCUCACGAAGAGGGAGAACGACUAGUUGUGCAAGAGGCUUCCAUAACGCAGAUCUCUGGGCGAUGCACCGGACCGAUGGUGGUUCCAACCCCUGCUCUGGCCGACACUCACACCAGCGAGGGCGAACAUUUGCCAGCCUCUAUUGCCGCACGAGCAGCACCUCUCGCCCGCUUCGGUGACUCCAGCGCUCAGCCCAAUCAGAUUCGCGCCUCACCUGAUCGAGAUGAAGACGCCUCUGAAGCUCAAGAUAUGUCCGGAGGUGAGUCGUCAUCUCUUUCUCCGCCCGAGGCUGGACGCCGCAGCGAGCGACUCAGAGCUGUCGUCACUAUCGGGAGGCAAUGGACUCAACAUGGCAACGCACUGGCUAUCGCUAAACCUCCAGCGACCGUGAUAAGUUCAGAUCCAAGGCUAGAGGUGCCUGACGCAUCAGCGCUGGCCCGAGAACGAGCCACCAGAGAUCCUGGUCAGUUCGCAAGGUACAACACGCAACCACGCCACAAGGGCAAAGGUACGAAGAAAAACGGAGGCCAUCGUCGCAGAGGCUUCGUGCCAGAUGGGCCGUCUGGUUCAUCAUGA